AUGCCAACUCACUUCUCUGAUGACCCACCUCAGGUCAUCAACCAAAACGAUCUACACUUCGCCAACUCGCGUCUAGAGGAACACAACGGUGCUCUAGAUGGCUCAACAGACCACAGCAGUGACGAACAUAGCCCACGCAACAACACAAACACCAAUGGGGCCCACCUCGAAAAGCUCGGCACCUACGAUAAGUACGAGAUAACAGAAGAUGACUGCUACGAUGAGCUUGGCUUCUCCUUUCCCAAGUGGAAGAAGUGGUACAUCCUCACCGUCGUCUUCUGGGUCCAGGUCUCGAUGAACUUCAACACUUCACUCUACUCGAAUGCCAUCCCUGGAAUUUCUGAAGAGUUUGGCGUUAGUGCUCAGGCAGCUAGAUGUGGUGCUAUGAUCUUUUUGGUCUUGUAUGCUUUUGGUUGCGAGCUUUGGGCCCCUUGGUCCGAAGAGUUUGGACGAUGGCCUAUUAUGCAGGCUUCGCUGCUCCUCGUCAACAUCUGGCAGCUCCCUGUCGCGUUGGCACCUAACUUUGCUUCAAUCUUAGUCGGCCGUGCACUUGGUGGUCUCUCAUCAGCUGGUGGUUCUGUCACUCUCGGUAUGAUCGCCGACAUGUGGGAGUCGGACAACCAGCAGUACGCUGUUGCAUAUGUUGUCUUUUCUUCCGUUGGCGGCUCCGUCUUGGGUCCCAUUGUUGGUGGUUUCUGUGAGCAGUACCUCGCGUGGCGUUGGUCCAUCUGGAUCCAGCUCAUCCUUGGCGGCUUUGUUCAAAUCGUCCACUUCCUGACUGUCCCCGAAACACGAAGUACCAUUCUCAUGAACCGCAUCGCCAAGAAGAGAAGAAAGGAGACUGGUGCCAACGUCUGGGGCCCUGACGAGCUUGUUCCCUUCCGCGAGCGCUUUUCCGCCAAGGAGGUUCUUAUCACCUGGACCCGCCCGUUCAAAAUGUUCCUCACCGAGCCCAUCGUGCUGGUUCUGUCUCUUCUGUCUGGUUUCUCCGACGCUCUGAUCUUCAUGUUCAUCCAGUCCUUUGCCCUUGUGUAUGGGCAAUGGGGAUUUGAUGCUGUUCAGGUCGGUCUGAGUUUCUGUGCUAUUGGUGUUGGCUAUGUCAUCGCCUGGUUGCUGUUCAUUCCAUCUAUCAAGAAGAACGUUAAAGAGCGACGAGAAAAGCCAGACGAUGAGCGUGCUCAGUACGAGUCGCGAUUGUGGUUCUUGCUGUACACUGCUCCUUGCUUACCCAUCGGCCUUAUUGGAUUUGCUUGGACCAUUCAAGGUCCUCCUAUCCACUGGAUUGGCUCCAUGAUCUUUGCUGCCAUUGUCGGUAUUGCCAACUAUGCUAUUUACAUGGCUACUAUUGAUUACAUGAUUUGUGCCUACGGCCCCUACUCUGCUUCGGCCACCGGUGGUAACGGCUGGGCUCGAGAUUUUCUCGCUGGUGUUCUCACACUUCCUGCCAUUCCAUUCUUCUCUAACAUCGGCGCAUCCUCUGGCAAGAACUUGGAAUACGCCUCAACAAUUCUCUUCUGUAUUUCUUUCGUUCUUGUCGUAGCCGUCUAUGUGAUUUACUGGAAGGGACCCGCUCUGCGAGCACGAUCACCCUUCGCCCAGCGCCUGGCUGGUGAGAAGAAGUAUAAUGCUGAGCAGGGACGCCGUGGAAGUGUCGCUUACGAUGCCCGACGAAGAAGCUCUGCUGGCACCGUUGAGGAUCCUGAACGUCCUCCUGUCGCUGCUCGUCCUAGUUACGGUGCACGACAGUACAGCAACUCGAACCGUUUCUUUGGGGAGAGCCGUGUUACACCUCGUGGAACUCCCCGUGGUACACCAUCUGCAAGCCGUCGCGCGAGUGCUGCCAAUAUUCGCAGGCACCAGUAG